AUUUCCUACCAAAUCGAGCAUCGCGGCCUCUGCUGAAGGACACUUCACUCGUUCUGGUUGUACAGGGGUCGAGAGCUAACGGACCAUCAACAAUACAUCAUGGGAGGACACGACGCAGGAACGCAGCAGCAGUUCACUGGAUUUGCAAAGUACUUCAAUGCCUACACAAUGACAGGAAGGAGGAAUUGUGUUUUGGCCACAUACUCCACAUUACUAGCCAUUGGCCUCUUCUUCAAAUUGAAGCCCAAGAAACAGGCUGUCACAGCAAAGUGAUCCGUGUGUCCAUUUUGACCACCGUUUAACAGCUGGGAGAGGAGAAAGCAUCUGGACAUGCCUGUAAUAAAAUAUCAGUUUGGUUUCCGUAUGUUAACAAUAAAGAACAUGUAUGCCCAAAACAUAGAAAACACA